GGGCGUCUCGAAAAGCUGCGUUGCUUGGGCGUGUGAAUGUCAUCUCGGCGUGACAAAAAUCGACGAGAUGCGGACGCAGCUUGUGGGUGUUCUGCUGGGCUUGCUUGGUCUACUGGGCACGGGUCUAAUCUGCGCCCUGCCCGCCUGGAAGGUGUCAGCUUUCGUGGGCUCCAACAUCGUGACGGCGCAGGUCUUCUGGGAAGGCUUGUGGAUGAACUGCGUCAUCCAGAGCACGGGACAUGCGCAGUGCAAGGCGUACGACUCUGUCCUGGCUCUACCUCGUGACCUGCAGGCCUCCCGGGCACUGGUGUGUGUGUCGUUGGGGGUGGGCGCGUUGGCGCUGGGCCUGAGCGUGCUGGGCGCCCGCUGCACAACCUUCCUCCGCCACGACUGGCCCACCAAGAACAACGUGGGUCUAUCAGCAGGUGUGAUCUUCGUGGUGGCCGGCGUCCUGUGCCUGAUUCCCGUCAGCUUGUCGGCCCACGCCAUCAUCACCGGCUUCUUUGACCCGCUGCCCUCCGAGGAGCGGCGUGGCGAACUGGGCGCCUCCAUUUACGUGGGCUGGACCUCAGGGGCGCUGCUCAUCAUCGGCGGCGUGCUUGUAUGCUCAGUCUACACGUGCUGAUGGCGUGUUGUCGCGCAUGUGGACUUUUUUUGUGGUCGUGCAUAGUGGCAGCUUUUCCGACCCAGAAGAGGGCAAGUGGAUGGAAACGAUUCUGCUCUUAGGGAAGGCGUCAGCUCCUAUUUGUUGUGCGACACAUCGCAACUAUGGCCUGCAAAUUUCAACAUUUGUCUACAUUGGGGUAUUUUGUUUUUAUACAAUUUUAAAUACAUGUUUAAAAAAAAAUCAUUGUAAAUAAAAAAAAUCUGUCAG